GAUGAGAAGAAGUAAAACAUCCCGCAUUACCAUGACUCCGAAGUCAAAGUCCACCAAAAAGAAGAAGAAUCAGAGGAUUUUUUAUCAAACCUUCCCUGUAGUGGGAGAGGUUCCCAUAGCCUUCUAUAUCCCUGAGUGAAAGUCAAGAGAAGCUUAUAAAAAGCAAAUAGAAGAUCAUGGAGGAAUAGUUAUCAACAUUUUUGAACCAUAUAUGUAUCAGAUAAAGAUUGAGCGUAACAAAGUUAAAAAUAAGAACUUCUAUGCAGGCAUUAUAUACUCCUCAAAGCUAAUCGAUGAGUCUAUUAAAGCAGGAAGAAUGAUGAGCUCUCUCGACACUUUCAAAAUUGGGAUGGUCAAGAACGGCAUACCGCACAAAAAUUUACAUAGACAAGGGUAUACUUUUCUAGAAGUUCUUAAGGUUUUCGAACUUGCUGAAUCUAUUAAGAAUUACAAAAAGAUGUUCAAACCUGAAGCUUGGGAAAAGAUUGCUAAUAAGGAUAUCAUCCCAGGGAGACCAGCCAAAAGCUUAGCUCAGACCUUUAAAAAGUUUAAGAAAGUUGGUAAAGAGGCUGCUCUUAAAGAAAUACUCAAGAAGGGAAAAUACUCUCAAUACUUCAGUUCUCCUCCAGGAUUUUCAAAGGAAUGCACUAUUGAGAAGACUCCGAGCACUCAGUUUGGAUCGACUACUGACGAAAGCAGAGAAAACCCAGACGAGGAGGAAGAAGAGGCUGAUCAGCAAGAAGAUGACGAUGUAGAGGAAUUUAUUCUUGCAGUUGAUGACCUCGAAAGUGUUCUGGCAUAUAACGAGUCUGAUGAUAUUAGCUACAAUGUCAACAAUAAUAUGAAGAAGAUCAACACAAGAAAUCUUUCUGACAUCUACACUGACAUGGAAGAGAAUCAGUUGAGGCGUGUUACUGGUCACAAAAGAGUUAAAAUUGCAGAGGAUACUGAAAUUUCUAGUCCAAUUUAUGCUUCAGAUGAACUGAUUUAUCAUUGUAAGGAGAAAGAAAGGAUCUCAGUUACUUUUAAACCUCAGGAGAGACUUAGACUUGUCUCUAAAAAUUACAGUAAGAGCAAGAAGUUAGACUUGUUCAGAAUGCUUUACAAUGAAUUGGAAUACCUCUCAAAAAUACAUGCUAUAAAAAUAGACGAUCUUCACAUGCUCUUUUUUGAAGUUUCAUGAGACAUCGGAAGGCUAAAGAAAAUCCUAACCUCCGAAUCUACUUCAGCCCCUAAAAGGUGGGACGAACUAAGCGAUCUCGCAGUCCUUUCCAACUUUAACUCAGUGGAACACAAAGCAUUAUGAAAAGAAAGAGGCCCAACAGAAGUUUCCAAGAGGAAGAGAUUUUUGGAAAGCAGAUAA